UAGCUCAUAACAGGAAAAUAAGGAAAUUAGUCAACAUCAGCCUUUGGUGAUUUCGAAAACCGUUUAUUUUUAGAGGUUAAAUAUAUCGUAACGUAAACAUAUAGCGUCAUUUGAGAGUUCCAACUAUUCCCAAAAUGACUGAAAAACAGAGCUUCUUCCAAAAGGUAUUUGGGUCGGGGAAAAAAGGCGAAAAAGAACCAACCCCACAAGAGGCCAUACAGCGUUUGAGAGAAAUUGAGGAAAUGUUGAUGAAGAAAUCUGACUUUUUGGAGAAAAAGGUUGAUUCAGAACUGGCUACAGCCAAGAAAAAUGGCACAAAGAACAAAAGAGUUGCACUGCAAGCCUUGAAGCGCAAAAAGAGGUAUGAAAAGCAGUUGCAACAGAUUGAUGGAACGCUGUCCACUAUCGAAUUCCAGCGAGAAUGCUUGGAGAAUGCCAGUACAAACACAGAGGUCCUUAAAGCCAUGGGCUCAGCUGCCAAGGCCCUUAAGAAAGCACACAACAACAUGGAUGUUGACAAGGUUCAUGAUUUGAUGGACGAUGUUGCUGAGCAACAGGAAAUUGCCAAUGAGAUCAGUGAUGCAAUUUCCAAUCCAGUCGGCUUCAACACAGAUAUGGACGAGGAUGACCUAAUGGCGGAGCUAGAGGAGCUUGAACAAGAGGAAUUGGACGAGAAACUGAUUGAUGUUGGUCCCAUAUCAGACAAUCUGCCUUCAGUCCCCACUACAGAACCUGUGGCUAGUAGAAGAGUUCCUGUCGCAGCUGCUGAAGACGAUGAUGAACUUAAAGAAUUGGAGGCGUGGGCGAGCUAAAAAUAACCCGCAAAUUGUGAUAUUGAAUGUUUUAUAGAACGGAUGUGUGGUAAAAUAUGAAUGACUUUUGUAUAUGUGCAGAAAUGUGUCAUGUUUUAUUCAUAUGGAUUGCAGAAACUGUUCAGUGCUGCAAUGAGGUUAUAUUGUACUUGUAUUUUGACCUGUCUAUUUGGAAAAGCUCUGAUUAAAUUAAAGAUUAGCUUUUAGUUGAUUUAAUCUCCAACUGAUAAAAAUAUUUUGCCGAUAGAUAAUUAUUGUUUAUCAUCGUAUACUUUAUACAUGUGUGCAUGUUUAAACUUAUUUAACAUGUAUGUAAGCAAGUAAAUUGUGCUUUGACUAUUUUUUCUACUUUUUCUUUUGAAAAAUGAAAUUGAAUAGUGAAAUUGAUCUCUUUCUAAUGGAAUUUUGUUCUUUUCUUCAAAGGAUAGGUUAAAAAUUUUAAGUUGACAAUAAGUAUUUAGUAGUAUUUUUAUUUUUUAUUGUUUGGAUUAUGUCUGAAUGGUAGUACUUGUUACAUACUUGCUAAACAGGCAAAUGACCGUAUACAAAUGUGAAGUCAGUAAAACAGUAACCCUUAUGGUUAGUUAUUUCAUAUAGUUUUUGUGAGAUGUUGUUUUGCUUUUUGAAUGUUUUUCAGCAUAGUGUAGCCAUUUUUUAGGCAAUUAUUUUUCCUAUGAAUUUAUGAAUAAAUAUUUUACCUUGACAUCUUUGGACCCCAUGCUUAAUUAAAGUGUUGGAAUUAAAAAUAAAAACUCAAAAAUAGGAAUCAGUAUUGCUAACUUUUAGUGAAAAUAAAAGUCCAUUCAUAUUCUACACCAAAGAGAUUGCUGCAAAACUGAUUCUUGUCAAUACCAAAAUUAGAUGUGAAAGUAUCUACUUUACAAUUUGUUUCAAGGCAAAAAUAGGUUGUCUGUUUUGUUAUUCACCCCCUAUUUAUUACAUUUUCUGCAUGUUAAAGCAUUUCAAAUGAUACAAAAAUAAUUUGCGUUCGUUAAAUCAUUAAAUUUAAUCUGCUUGUGUCUUGUUUUCAAAUCUGUUCUUGUAAUGAUGAUUUAAAUCAUGUAUAGUUAAGACAUCUCAAAAAUGUGUGUUGAUUUCAAGAUUAUUCUAUCAUUAAAAAAGGAUUUGACUGUAAAUAUUUCCUUAAUCUGUGGUACUUAUGCUGUAUUUAGAUUGUGUCAAUUGUGUCAAUUUUAUGUUCCAUCGUCAAAAACAUCUUUUGCAGUACAUGAUUUCCAAUAAAUUUUGUGUAACUGCUAUUGAUAUAAAGAAAAAAACAUCUAUUUGUUUUCUUUUUGUAAAUCACUGUACACCAUAUGUUUUUUUUCUGUAUGUUAUCCGCAAGAACCAGGCCAGUAGAGCAUAGGCCCUCAUGGGCCUCUUGUUUUCUGUAUUUUAUCAGAAUUCAGCUUUGUGUUUGGUAUCUUGUUCAUAUGAAUUUCAAACUUAUCAAUAUAUCAACUGUCAUGUAUAUGAAAUGUGUAUCUAUAAUCUUAAUGUUAUUGCUGUGUAUCUUUGUUAUAAUUGAACCAAACUUCUUGCUACUUUUCCAGUUAAAUUUUACUUUAUUGCAAGGAAAGAAUGCUCUCAGCUUGUCAAUAUUUUUAUCAAUUAAAGACCUGUGCUAUGCAAAGAUUGACAAAUAUAUGUGGUAAAUAUUAUAUAGUGGUAUUUUGACCAAGACUUGGCACAGUGAAAUUGAUAAAAACCUGUUCUGCAAUAGAGAAUAAUCUAACUGGGUCAGAAAGAAAUGGGUAUUGUUGUCUAUUUUUGGAAUUGUUAGUUUUUAUCAUCAUAUCAGAAAUCAUAAAAAGAACAGUAUAUAUAAUUAUAUUAAAUUGAAGUAUUUUUGAUCCAGGUUCAUGAAAGUUUCUCGAUUGUUUUGACUUUGGUUUCAUUAUCAUUUGUGUUUUUAGUAAUUGCUUGUAAUGGUUUCAGCUCUGGUUCCUAUGUUUGUAAUUAAUUUGUUUGAUAGACCUUUGAUCAUUAUCAAUCUAUAGCAAAAUGAAACCAAGUUCUAUGUUUUAUUAGAAUGACAAUUGUACAUUGUUUCUAUAAUGCCUCUCUCAACGUAAUUAAAAAUGCACUACACAAGGGAUUUUGAGAGUGCAGAGAAGUGAAAGAAAAACAUGAAGAUUCCUGUUUAAGAUGGUAUGUUGAACUUAAAUAUGACAGUAAUAAAAUGCCUGAUGACCAGGUAAAUAAUUUUUCUUAAAGAUAAAUAAGGAGACUGUCACCUGUCCUGGUUUCAUUAAGCUUUGAAUAUGCUUGAAUUGACACCACUCAGAUAAAAAUUUCCCCAGAGACUGUCAGAUACUGUCAGAACGUCUUAAAAGAAUCCAUAAAUACUUUCUUAACAUAUUUGUUUUUAAAUAUGAAAAAUAUAUAGGGGAUAGUACACAAGUUGUCAUUGAACACAAUUAAUGAAACCUUUGUUAUUUUUUUCUAUUUCUGAAAUGGAUGUAAAUGAGCAGGUGAUGUCACGUCAAGUUAUAGCAGUAGUUUUAUAUUAAAAACUGUUAUUUCAUGACCAAGACAUUUAUGAUAUCAAUACUAGUUUGAAAAGAUCAGAAGGACUGAACGCAUCUUAUAAACUCUUUAAAAAUCUAUUUUAACUUGAUUAUUAGUACAGCUUAAAGUUUGAAAAGAUCAGAAGUACUGACAGCAUCUUAGAAACACCUAAAAAUCUAUUUAAACUUAGUGUAAAACAGUGAAAUAGUUAAUUUUGUGUCACUCAAUGUUCGGCUAUAACUUAAAAAAAAAGUUCACCUUAUUUUAAUUGCUUUACAUUUAACCUGUGGAAAAUCAACAUAACAAGUUUUAGGAAAAUUUCAUGGCUGAACGUUAAAGAUGUUCAUAUAUUGUAAAUAUGACACAUGUAAUGUAAAGUGUUAUAUUUGGUAUGUUACCAUGAUAUGGUUUGAGAUGAUUCGGCUAAAUAUUGUUCUCUCUGAUACUGAAAUGCCUUUAUUCAUCUUAUGUUUUAUGUUUAGUGAUCAUACUUUCCGUUAUAUUGAUUUACAUUAUUAUAAAUAAACAAAUAAUUGACA